GGAGAUUUCGAAUAAUACUAGCAAUGAUGUAGGGGUCUGUGGCGCGCGUUCUGAUUGGAAAGCGGGCCAUUUUUCAGAAGGGAAGAUGAUGCAGGGAGGAGAGGAGAGCGGAAAGACGCGGAGGCGUGUUCGCUGCUAGCCAAUAGAAACGCAGAUCCCGGCGCGAGAGCGCACAUGUUUACAGCGCGCGCUCCGCCGGUAGAGGCUGCAGGCUUGGGGAAGGAAGACCGGCACGGAACGGAGCUUCACUCGAUUCAUUACGGAUUUAUUCGACAGACAGCGAGGCUACUGCUUGGUGUCUUAGUGAAACUCUAUUAUUCGAAGGACUUGUUUGUUUUUAAUAUAUAAUUAGUCUCCGGUUUGCGUUGUUGAGGCUUUACGAGGUGUUCCGUCCGAGGCGCGCGCGCCGUGCCGUGUUUUGUGCGCGUCUCCGCGAGGAAAACAAACAACCCGACAGAAAAAUAUCCUCGCCGGUCGGAAAGCGAGAGAUCCGUGUCCGAAUUACACGUAGCGCGUUUAGAUUUGUUUACAUGAGUCAUUAUGCAUUUUCUGACAUCCUGAGUAACAGUGGAACGCGCAGCCUGAAAUGAAAAUGCACGAUCGGGCUUGUUACGCAUUAGCACAGCUCGCUCAAUUGCAGGUUUGGCAUUUUGAUUUCGACGUUUUUCAUUUGUAAAGGACACUUUUGUUUUUUGUUGUUGUUGUUUUUCCCGUGAUCGAUCGAGUCAUGCACGCUCGGCGGCUGGUGAAGCGCUCACUGAUCGGCAGCCGCGUGUACGCGCCCGGCUCGGGAGCGGCGUCGGGGGAGGCGGGAGAGAACAGAGAGAACAGAGACGCACCGGUACCGAGCGGACAUACAGAGGAAGAAGCUGUCAAGGGAUCAAGGAAACCGAGCUUGAAGAGUUUGUGUAAUGGUGGGCAGCGUGACAUGCCAGCACAGGGUCAGAACGGUGGCAUACAAAAAAGCGAGAACACGAACGGGGUGGAGGAGCUGCGGGCACCAGAGAACAGACGAACAGGUCGGACGUCAGAAAUGGAGAAGGACAAUCCGCGCUCCGUGUCGCUGCUCGAGCAGAAACGCAAGGUCGUCUCGUCCAGCAUCGACGUGCCACAUGCCAGGAAAUCGGAGGAGGAGGUAGACAUGGACAAAGUGACUGCAGCCAUGGUGCUAACUAGUCUUUCCACAAGUCCUCUAGUGCGCAGUCCUCCAGUUAAAGUUAGCGAGGGUCUGAAUGGCUCAUGGAAGGAUGGAGGCUUCACUCCAUCUAGUUACAGCAGCAGUGGCUUCUGGAGCUGGAGUGCUCCUAGUGACCAGUCCAACCCCUCCACUCCAUCUCCUCCACUCUCAGCCGACAGUUUCAGACCGUUCCGUAUGUCCAGCCUCAGUGGGCCACAGGACGACACACUGGACGAGCAGGACACAAGCAGUCUGCUGUUUGAUGAGCCAAUUCCCCGAAAACGCAAGAACUCCAUGAAGGUGAUGUUUAAGUGUCUGUGGAAGAACUGCGGCAAGGUGCUGAGUACUGCAGCGGGGAUCCAGAGACACAUCCGCACCGUACACCUUGGGCGGAACUGUGACUCGGAGUGCAGUGAUGGAGAAGAGGAUUUCUAUUACACUGAGAUUAAGCUAAAUACAGACUCGGUGGCUGACGGGCUGAGCAGUCUGUCCCCUGCAUCUCCUUCUGUUCUGUCUCCUCCACCUGCCACCGAACACAGACGAACCGAAACCUCCAGCAUCACCAGCGGAGUCAAAAGCGAGAUCAGCAGCUCCACCCCUCUCAGUCGCUCCGCCCCCAGUGCACUGUACCUAGUGCAUGCUGACCACGCCUACCAGGCCACGGCUCCAGUCUCCAUCCCAUCCACCAGCUCAACCCGCUUCACCCCCUCCAGCAGCAGCAGCUUCAGCAUCUCUUGGCAGUCCCCACCAGUCACCUUCACCGGAGCCCCAGCCUCUCCCACUCACAGUCAGACACAGGGCUUUAGUGAGCAGCGCUCACAGACCAUCCCAGUGCUCUCGUCUCUACCCCGAGCCUCAGGCUCACUCAGCAGGAAGUCCCGAGGUGAGGGUAAGAAGUGCCGAAAGGUAUACGGAAUGGAGAACAGAGACAUGUGGUGCACGGCCUGCCGCUGGAAGAAAGCCUGCCAGAGGUUUGUGGACUAAGGUGCCUAGGAAAAAGUGGUGUGGUGCUUCCUUUGCUUGCAAAACUGUUUCUGCUCUGCCUCCUACACCACAAUUCCCACAAUCAUCUACGUCCUGGCCUGGACCCAGGAUCUGAAACAAAACUCCUCAAACAUUCCCAGUGCACUUGCCAAAAUCUCAAAGGAAGGCGAGUAGCACUAUGUUGCAAAAAAAAAAAAAAAGAAGCAUUUUUGGAAACAUUUGGCUGUAAAACAUUUAUGGAGUCACGGAGAGACCAAACAUUAUGGGUCCAAUUAUUGCCUGGGUUUUGUUUUCUAAAAAAAAAAAAAAAGAAAAAAGAAACACUUAGAGUGCUACAAAAUGGUGUACAAACUAAGAUCCAUGUUUUCCAUGAACACUUUUCCACUUCUGCUUUUCAGCCGGGAUAAACAUUAGCACCAACUGCCAACCACACUCGAGACUCACACCCUCGAUUACAGAGACUGCGUGGUGGAUGUGUGUGUUUAGGGAGGAGCGUGCCCCCUGGUGGAAAUGGAUCAAAAAUGAUGGACAAGGAUAAGCCAGUGAUUUUCUUCCGUGUAGUCACAAGCAAUUACACUCACUAGGGAGGGACAGGUUUUCUAUCUGUUUUAUAUGUGUGUCAUUUCUUUCAGGGAUGAUGCGUUCAGCGAAAGCAAAACCAGCAGCAAUGUUUUAAAGCAGCGAAGGUCUUUUUUUCCGUUUUUUUUCGGAGAUCUAUCUACCUGCAACCAAAAAAAGAUUCUUUGUGCCAUUUCUGUUUUUUUUUUUGUUGUUUUUUCUACUGUGCAUGACUGCUAUGUUAAUAAACACCCACACAGCACAUAACAGCGGCGUAAACCGAGCCACACUCAAUCAGACGAGUCUGCGUACAACAACCUCCUCCCUCGUUCAUUAAUGGACAGGUCAGCAGAGCACCGUCCAAACACUUAAAGAGAUGCAGCGGUUAGAUCUCCCUCUGAACCCAUUUGUCCUGCCCUCACACCUUUUAAAUAGGAAGUAAUAAAAAGAGAGAGCACUUACUUUUCAUUUCAGCCCGGGAGCUCACACGGUGGGCAGGAGCUGGAAGCACUCGAGUGAGUUUUGUUUGUCAUCUGUCCUUGAGAAGAUUGUGUAACUGUGCUGCACAGUGAUCACAUGAGGAGGAAAUGGGAUUUUUCUCUGUGCUGCUCAAGGUGAUGAUGAUUGGAUGAAACUUUUUCUGUGUUCAUGUCCUGCUGGGGUUCAUUACAGGCAUGACUCCAUUAGUGAUGGACUUUUAUGCAAGAAGAAAACGGCUGCUGUUGUAAGUUCUCUGGCACUGUUUUUGUCCCCAGUUUUCGAUGCAGUAUUGUACAAACAAGUAACACAGCUCAAACACCAGCGCACACACACAGACACACACCACAAUUUAGUUUCCUUCAACAGCUCAUUAUUUUUCUACCUUAAGAAUGAUUAUGUAUGUACUUCUAAGCUAAAUUUUAAAACACUGAGAAUUGUUUGGUGUCUCAAACAAACUGCGACGUUGUUUACUUCUGGUCAUUUUAUGCUUUUUUUGUGUAUCAGGAUGAUAUCUGAAUCAGGAUUAUUUCCAUAUGGUGUAAAUGCACCUGAGAUGCAUUUAAAACAGAUUUAAAUCUGAUUUCUCAGGAGAUCUAAUACAAUGCUGUUGGAACAUUCAGUGAAAAUUCAACAAGACUAGAACAAAAUUCCAGAAAUUAACGUUUCUUCAAUGUACCAAUGUUUGUUAGAAUGCUACAGGUAAAAAAAUGUUGCUGCAAUGUUGGAAGAAUGUUCCUAAGAGUUACAUGUUUUCCGUACGCCUGGAAAAAAAAAUACGAUUUUUUAGAAUAAUUACAAAUUAAAACAUUCUGCUAAUGUAAAGUUGAGAGUGUAAAUAAUUCCAUAUGUUCAGGCCACAACCAAACCCUGACACAAUAGACACUAUGAGACAUCUUAAUCGAAUGUAUAUGAUAUAAUACAAAAACAGUACAGUAACACAAGUAACAUGUUUUAUUUGUUACUUGUCAAUUAUGAAUCAGUUCGAUUCAGGUCCAAUUUAAUAGGAAUUAGUUCAGGUACAUUUAAUGUAUUUAUUGGACCUGCAUCUUUAACAGAAGGAAUUUAAACUGAGGAAGCGCACAAGAAGGUGUUUAAUAAGCUGUACAUGUUUCACCCAGUGUUCUGAUUUCAAACCAGCAAAUCUUUUCAUUACAAACGUAGACAAAUGUGUUUUAAAUCUUCUCAGGCUACAAUCUCGAUUCAAGAAGCAUGAAACGACCAGCUGUAAAUGUGGAUAAGGAUGUGAAAAGUCUGACAGAAUGACAUUUUCUUUCCAACUCCUUCUGCACCAUUUUUUUGUGAUGUUUCGACACAUACAGUACUUUAAGGUCCAAGAAACUGCCAUUAUAUGUUAUGUGAAGUUUAUAGUCUAUUAAAGAAAAUGUAGAAACUAUGAUUUAUGUUCACAUUUAAUUUUUAAGUGAUUUUUUAAUGCUCUUUAUUUGUAUAUAUUUGUUAAAUUUCGGAAUACAGAAAUAUUAUAUCAUUAUAUCCACUCGAGCCUUGUUGUAGUGAUCCGCUAUGUUAAACUCACACACGCUCAAAGCCAGUGACACUGCAGCUGAAUUCCCAAAUUACAACUGAGUAAGACUUCUAAGUUGAGCUGGGUGGUGAUCAAAUCUUUUUUCAUGUUUAUUCGCAUUAUUUACAGAAAUAGGAUAUUUUCGUUAGUGUCACUGCAGCUGUAUAUCUGAUGAUCAGCAUGUCAUUUAAAAAAAAAACAUUUUCCUCAUCUGGCAGAGGCCCUUAUCCAGAGCGACUUAUAUUUUAUCUCAUUUUAUACAACUGAGCAAUGGAGGGUUAAGGGCCUUGCUCAGGGGCCCAGCAGUAGCAGCCUGGUGGACCAGGGAUUUGAACUCUGAACCUUCCAAUCAAUAGUCCAGCACCUUAACCACUAGGUUACCACAUCCCCCUAAACUAUGUACUAUUCCUCAUAGUUCAGUCUUGAGUCAUGUGUGAAUGCAGUUUGUUCAGACUUCAGGCUUCAUACAGAUUUCACUCAUUUUUAAAUGACUCCGGUUUUGGCGAUUCAAUCCGAUAACAAGCUUCAAACUUUUUUUUGCUGGCGAGUAGGAAAAAUACAGUCACGAACACCAACAUGUACCCAACUUUUCAAACUACUGAUAAAAGGAGCUGCCUGUGCAGUUUGAUUGUAUAGAGCAUACAGUGAGUGUCACUGUCUAUACUAAUACUUGUUCACAACCAAGACAAAUUUUCUUGCUCCUCAUUGUUGAUCAGGAGAUUUAAUAAAAAAAACGUCACUCCUUUGACAAGCUGAACUUUUUCAACUUUGGAAACUCUGUGAUGGAAAAAAAUACAAGCAGAUGGCAGCACUUUUUAAAAGUGGCCAUCGCAUUGCACCGUCCUCACUUCACAAGAUUACGUUAUGUUUAAUUCAUCUGCAGUUUUUUAAAAUCUCAAUAUAUGUAAUGUAACCUGGAAAUUAACAACAGGACAAAUUUGUCCUAUAUAUAAACCAGCUCAGAGUUAUUGGGAUGAUUUGAAUGAAUGUUCAUGUCUCCCAGCUAUACUUGGAAACUUCACAUAUAUAAGGAUGUGGUUUGCGUUUAUAAGAAAAGUAGCUGAUGUAUACUUAGAACUUGGGAAGUCAAAAACUAUAUCCUAGACCCUAGAAGCUACAGCUAAACCCCAUCUUAUUACUAUAAGUGUUACUUGAAGGUGCAGGCUGGCUCGCGCUGUUGUUUACACACACAAAAACCCCCUUAAAAUUCUUUCCAUCAUGAUUACUAUGGAGUGAUGAGGUGCUUUGUUGUUACAGCUCUAAAAUGUGAUUUCCUAACAUAUAAAAUGCAAUAUGUUGUUAGUUUUUACUGCCACAGGCUGGAUCUCACUUGGACUUUGGGUUCAUAAGGGAUUCGAUUACAUUGUAGAACAGUCGAGUAAAAUCCUGAAGCCAUAUUGCUGCUCUUUUUUCCUCUUUACUUCCUGAUGUUCUAUACUAUACUUCUAUCUAAUAUCCUGUACAUACAGUAUUCAUAUAUAGCUGCACAUUAAAGACUAGCAGUUGAUACAGACAGCUUCUGUUGUACAGUAUAAAACCUGUAUUGUAUAAACAGCAGAUGGUCUUUCUGUCACAAUAAUCAUGCUGUCCUAAUUCCCUGUUACAGUAUAAAACAGUAUAAUAUCCACAAUAUAAUCAAUCACAAUAUGACUGUUUAUUUAUCCUGAUUAUGUGACUAAAUGAUUGUAUGUAUGUGAAUUUUAACUCACAUUUCAAACACAGAGUCGUGUCAUCGUAUAUUGCCUUCAGGAAUGCUCCAGUUUCUGCCAGGCUUAGAGGAGUAAGGAGUGUGUGUGUGUGUGUGUGUGUGUGUGUGUGUGUGUGUGUGUGUGUGUGUGUGUGUGUGUGUGUGUGUGUGUGUGUGUGUGUGUGUGUGUGUGUGUGUGUGUGUGUGUGUGUGUGUGUGUGUGUGUGUGUGUGUGUGCGGAUCAUUCGGUUUCAUGUACUACAAGAGUCUGGUAAAAGCUUGGCUGUGAGAAACCCGAUGGUACUGAACUUUUUAGAUCAUAAACAACAUUUGUUAAGCUACGUUCACACAUACUGUGAUAAAUCAGACAGAUAAUAACUGCCGACUUCUGGCAUCAUGAGCGACAGCUAAAGGAUGUGAGCAUGUCCUGUGACAUGACAGAUGAGGAAACUUAAGAUAAUUUUAUGCAAUUAUUGAACAACUUUAUUUUGCCGUGAAUCCCAAAUGGAGUGAAGAUAGAGUCGCAUGAUCUGUGGCAAAGAGCACACUCUACUUCUGCAUCUCGUAUGAUAUACAGUAAUACUAUAUAUAUAUAAUGCUGAUUUUUUAUACACAAGUAGCAAAUCUCCCUCCAAAAUGUUCCAUUUUAACAAAAAGACUUAAUUUUGACAAUCUACUGACAUCUUCAUAGUACAAUGACUGAAGACUUGCAGAGAUAUAAUCACUGUAUGUGUGAAUGUACUUUUUUUUCAAGAAUGACAAAAAAAUGUGAUACUUUUCAAUCCCAAUACUAAAUGAAUAGCUUACAGCAGUUUUAAGCAUGCAGGACCUAGCUGAACAUUUUUAGCUCUGUUUAUAUUGGUUGCCUGUGUAUGUUGCUAGAAGCGAGCUCCUCAUGCUAAGUUUUAUGUUUAAGAUGAUUCGGCUUUUAAACAUUAUCAUAUAAAAGUGUGUGGACGAUCGAGAUGAGCAUGCAGAGCAGUAUCAGCAAGUGUGGUCAAAUAAAAUGGAUCAUGAAUUGCAUUGAAGAUCGCGCUGUUUCAGAAGCGUACGUGUCUCAGUGCUUGCAGAAUUGAAGUGCUACAGUUUCUCCGUGCACACUUGCAUCAAUGCUCCACGUUUUCAGAUCCCUCUCUAUUAAACAGACUUAUUCACCACAGGAUCUAAUUAGGUUAGGAUCACGAGUAAAUGAGCACUGUAUCAGACCGAUAGAGUAUCUGUAUCGAUGUAUCCCUACUUUAAAUGAGUGUGUGUUAAGAUUAGAGAUGAAACUGUGGCGUUGAAUGAGAAGGUUUGUGAAGACCGAGCCGUGAGCUGGUGUUAGAAAUGAGCUGCAUCAUAUUGGCUUUGUGGAACAAAUAAUACAAUGAUUUGACUUGGUUGUUUUGAGUCAUAGCUGUGAUGGUAGUGCCUUUAAAAAAAAAGGCGGAAUAGGACUUGUGAUACGAGUUCUGCAAUGCAUUCAACCAACAAAGUGGCCUCCAGGUCCCUUCGAUGACGCUCAGUGUUAGCGGGUCUGAGUGUUUGUUACUGUGCUGUGAAGCAGACGUGCCGCUCUGCUUUCAGGAACGUGGUGUUUAGGGACACACUGGAGCCUGACUGUGCCUUGGUGAGGUGAAGUGAGGUGUGCAGGGGGGUGGGUGGAUGGUUGUUUGGGGCUGGGUGUUGGGGGACAUAUCUAUAUAAAUAGAAAGCAAAAGGAAUGUAUCUGGUGUCAGUUUAUCUGAGUUUCUGUUUUUGUACCAAUUAAGAACCACGUGGCUGUAGAAGCCAUUUUCGCUUUUCUUUUGUUUUCUAGUGAAAGUGUUUUGCUAACAGGUGUCUUUUUUCCUUCCUGACUGUAUUUUAUAAUCGACUUUCAACUGCAGUACUGUAGAACUUUUGUCCUUGUUGUUUUUUUAAAAUCUGGUUUCCAAAACAUGUAAAGUUCAGUUGGAUUGUUAUGUCUAUGUUUUGGGAACCCAAGAGCCUUUUAUUCCUAUACAAUGCUACAUCAGUGAGAUCAUUCAUUGUAGUCAGAAACACAAGCCUUACAGGAAAUGGCACGGCCAUGCACAGGUUAUAUUGUUCUAUAUAGAUUGAUGCCAUUUGGUAGAAAUUUUCGAAAAAUGGCAACACAGUUAAAUUCAAAAUCUCGUUUGUGGAUCUCAAGUCAACACAUUUGCUUUAAUUAAACCCAAAAAAUGACUUAUUUGGGAUAAACUGUCCACACUGUAGUCCCAAGGGAUUAAUGAUUUUUUUUAAUAACUUUUCCUGCAUUAUGACCCCCAAAUUCUAACGGUGCAUGCAAACUGUAGGCUCGGUGCUCUGUAAUGAAUUAUGUCACUGCUCUUGUUAAUCAAUGACCAUGUUAACCUCAAGAACUCAAAAACUGUCGCACUGGAUUUUUACACUUUUUAAACCUAUACUCUGACUGGAUUUUUAAUACUGCAUGUGCAUGCUUAAAAGAAAAGAAAAGAAGACGAAAGACGAUCUGAAUUUUUAAAUGUGUAUACUGUGUACUUUUGUGUCUAAAUUCCAGAGGGCAGGCAGGGUGCAAUGCAUUAUGGGGUAAUUGAAAGGAAUGUUGAACAAUGUGGCGAGAAAUGAUUUUCAUUUUUCAGCCUGAUUUUUCUCAAGGCUUCUAGGUCAUGUUCCAUAGUUUCAUCUAAUUGUGUGUUGGACUCUUGGGCUCAGCGUUGAAAGUGGGUGCGCAGAAUUUAGGGAGAGCUCUGAUUGGAUGAAGUACCACAUACUUUAUGUGCCACAUUCUGCAGGUCUGGGAAGAAAGCCAGAAUUCCCUGAGAUAUUUUUUACGCCUGCUCUAUAUUUAGCAGGCGACACAAAUUGGGGAUUUUAUGGCACAUGGAGUCAGAGGGGAAUGUGGCAAUAAACAAAUAGUCUGGCUGGCAUGAAAGCCUGUGGAUACCACUGAUACAAGAUGAGAGUGGAGAGAAAGUACAUCAACAUUCUUUAAUCAACUCAAUCAAACACAAGAACACACCAUUCUCUUUAAUUGCAACUGCCUGCUCUUGCUCAGUAGCCAGUCCAAAGUGAGCUUUAUUUUUUUAUUCUGUUUUUGGUGUCUCUUUUCAAGAAAGUUUGUUCAAUGGACAGGAGAUGUUUAUAUGAAGUUCACACAGGGGUAUACUGAGUAUACAACAAACACAGAUGAAUUAAGGAUGUUUUUGUCAUUAAUACAUGCCAGGUAAAGUUGUUGCAAUAGAAUUUUAAAGCCAUAGAUGAUGGCCAAAGUUACAAAUUAAAUAACCACAAAAAUCUGUCAUUUGGGUGGAUCUAAUCCCACAGAGAACAUAAUCGUUUUUUGUUUUUAAUUUAUUGGUGAGGGUUUAUUAUAUUUCACUGGCCACCGUAUGUGUGGGUCAUUUCUGCAAGAAAUUUUCUUUAGCUUACAAUGAUAACUCUUGGUUCUCCAACACUGUCAACUCGAUACAGUCUUUCAGUGGUUAGGAAAUUUAAGUUUAAAAUUGUAUUACAGUUCUUACACAGAGUCUGAUAAAAGUUACUAUCAGACUGUCCGAGUCAGAGCAAAACCUCAUGAGAAAUCCAUGUGUUGUGUAUGAAUAUAAUGCAAACCCUGUCCCCUAACCCUGGACUUAAGUAUUCUAUGAAAUAAUACAAUGCUAAUUCACAAAUCUUUCAGAAUAUUUCAAAUGAUUUGAGUAUUUCACAAUUGGCAGACAGACCUGAUUUCCCUGCUGAAUGAAAUGAGUGGAAAAAAAGACUUCUCAUUUCCAAUUUCUCAUAAGUCUGUAUAAAAUUUCAGCUUGACUUCUAUACACCUUUUCAUUUUUUUUUCUCUUAUUUUUAUUUUUGAACAAUUUUUCAUUCUUACCAAUUGUUUAUUAGCAAUAAUUGGAUUUUAAUCAAUAUCGUUCGUUUUGUUGUUUAGUGAUUCUUAUAUUCAUCUGUUUUUUUUUUUUAUUACUGGAGCAUUUAUACUGUCUUACAUGGUACAUCAUGCAACUAAUCCCAUAUUUGGCUCAAUAUUGAAAUACAUACAAUGUUGUAUGCUGUUUAUUGGGAGCAAAGAGCUUUUAAUUUCUGACCUUUCCUCUGACCGAACAAGAUUAAGUUAGCAGUAUUUAUAGGCUGACUUCUUUCUAUCUUUUGAGGUUUGGAUUAAAGCCAUUUCAUUCAAAUGACAAGUUAAAUAACUGUGAGAAAUCAAUAUUAGAUAUAAUAUAAUAGAUUUCAUAAUAAAACCGUAUUAUGGAUAUUAUCAUGGACCCUUGUAUGUCUAGAUUUAAAAUCUAGAAGGCAAGCUCAACUCAAGCUGGCUAUUUUGAGUGAUGCUCCUGUGACUGCCAUAUAAAAACCUUUGCUUUAUCAUAUCUGUUCAAUUAUAGUACAUAGUAUGUAUUCUGGAAUAAUAAUGCCACUUUUCUAGAUAAAUACUGCCAGGAAGUGGGAGACGCUUGGGAAAUCUUGUUUCUCUUGAGAUCAGUCCCCUGCCCUCCUCUAAUAACUCUUCAUACACGUACAUGUCAUACGCGUUGCAGGUCGACACUGACGUGCACACUGCUGGGGUCCCUGAGGAAUUAAACAGAAAGCAUGUCUCAUUUCUCUGGGUGUCAUUUUCUCAAUUCCGCCGUCUCUUUGCUUUCAUAACAAGCAGACGAGAAAUUGUAAGUUUCACAGGAUUUUUCUUAAUUGAAGACAAUAACUGCUACUAAAAACUAGCAGCAACAGAUGUUUACUGUAAAAUAAAAUGUUUCCUGCUGUGUUAUUUAUCUUAAUCCCGACAAAUUCCUCAUGGCACUUUAACAUAACUUUCCCCCUUUCUAUCAUACGCAAUUAUGCAAUGGGGUGUUUUCAGCGCACAAAGCCUCAUGGCUACACCUAAACCAAUAAGACAUUAAGUUCAUGUUAUUAUGCAAUUUAAACCGCAGACUAAUCCAGAGGCGCAGUAGAUUACGUGAUGAAAGAGUUGACAGUGUCAGAGAUGCUUAUUUCGUGAUCCGGGAUGAUUACGGUUACCGCAAUAUCUUUUGAAAUGAAAGCACUUGCUAUUACUGUAUGUGUACAAUGUCUCAGUGUUUAUUGUGUUGCAGCGGUUCCCAAACUGAGCUGAGGAUCCCUGGGCUUAUACAGGGCACAGACAAGAGACAGGGCUAUACACCAUGAAGAGAAAUCAGUGUUAACAUUUUUAGAACAGAAUUUAAAUAAUGAUUUUCGAUCAUUGGUUUCUAAAUCUAUCCUGAUCUAUAAACUGCUACACUGGCAUCUACUCUCAAUUCUAUUACAUCUUGUCUUUCCUUGCCUCUUAAAAGUGGUCCUUGUGUUCUGUGUUAAAUGUUUGGGAAGCCCUGUCUUAUUGCACCUUUUUCCCCCUCUUCUCGUUCUCUUAAAGAGGACACUUACAGACUGUUAUCUUCUCACUCACGGGCUGUGCUGUUUUUUAUUUGAAGCCGUGUGUACAUAAAGACUGCCAUUGUAAAUUGUGCUACAGUGACAAUGUCCUGGUGCUCGUCAGUGCCGCUGUUGAUGUUUCCUUUGGUGUAAGUAUGACGUUUCAGAGACACUCUGAUUUAUUGGUCACAAAAUAAUAAAGAAAAAGACUUUUUGGCAGCUGUUUACUACA